AUGGACAUCGAAGAAGAUCACCAGGAACUUCAACUUCUACCUUCGCCUAACUACACCACAUCUUCUUCCUUACACGCACCUAGGUGGCCAUCAGAAUUAUAUUCAUACAUAAACUACCGAUCAGACAACAAAUUUGAAGCACUGUCUUUAGAUCUUCAAUUAUCGGUCCCUGACGGAGCAGAGAGAGUAAAAUGGCAAGCAACGGAGCAGACUCGAUUAGCAGCAUUGGAGAAGGCUUAUGUGGAACGCGUGAGGGAUCUAACCCGAAGAGAAAUGGAGAUGGCUCAGUCCGAAUUUUCGAGAGCUAGGCUCAUGUGGGAGAGAGCAAGAGAAGAGGUGGAACAGGCGGAGAGAUUGAAACGCAAGGCCAUUCGUUGGAUUAAUCCUACGUGCAUGGAGAUUACGUGCCAAUCUUGCCGGCAAAAGUUCCGAUCUUAA